AUGGAUCGAGCUCAGUAUGAAGCUGAACGAUUUUUUUACCAUUCACCUGUAACAUUAUAUUCAGUUUCCAAGCUAUUCAAUUUUAAUCCGGAUGUUGAUGAUGAAAAAGUGGAUGUAUAUCGUCGGUCAUUGAUGAAAAUUCUAAGGAAAAGAUAUCAUGUGCAAGAUAAUAGUUUGACUGAAACGCUAACUAUAGAUCAGGAUAUCGAAUGGAUGACUCUACCAGCUAACAGUUCAUUGACUUUGCACUUCAUUUUUAUACAUGGCGUGGAUAUGAACCGAAUACAUAGAGUCUGCCUUGCUACUGAUAAUGAUUCAAAUAGUGGAGUACUGUUAACAAGCUGCUCGCAUUUGAUGGCAAAUUUAAUUUGUGAAUGGAUAGAGAAAACUUUUGAUUGCCAAAUCCACCCUCUGCCAAUAAGCGACCAGUUCUUAUUACAACAAUACAAAGACUAUCUCUCACGCAGUCUUGAAAAUGAUGCAAUAGCUGACUCACAACUGAUAUUCAGUACCCCUACUGCGAAACCUGACUUGCGGACUAUAUCUGUAUCUUUGCCCGGUGAAGAUAUGUCCCAGAUUUACAGGAGAAUCCAAGAUAAGGAUGGUUCUAGUAUUUUUAAUGCAAUUUUGCAGUACAUUCAUAGAGAGGCCAAUUUAGAUCUUAACAGAUUUAAGCUUGAACGUGUCAAUUGUGGAGGGUUCGUCAUGACAACUACUGGCAAAAUUAAAUUUUUCCGCCAGUAUUAUACCUUUGACCAACUAAUUGACCUGGUGUUUGGAUUGCUCCAAAUAGCUUUGGGCAAAAUGAUCUAG